AUGGCCUACGCUCACUCAAACGCCGGCACUCCAUCGAGCACCCAGCCGGAACAGUCGUACGAGGAACUCAAGAACCCUAUCCCUUCUAUAAAGAUAGAUGCAGUUGGAGUUACCGUGCUGCGUCAACCGGCCGAUAGAAACAUUCCCAUGAUCAAUAUUACAUCUCCUCAAGUUGUUAUCGAAAAUUCAAGCCCAUCACAGUCAGUAUUGUGUGCGGCCGAUCCACAAGUUGCGUCGGGCCAUAUCAUUCAGCCAGAGCAUACCCUCGAAGACGACCCAACCGUCGUUGUCGCGUGGGGCGGCAAGAUCAAGGAGCAUCAACUGCAGCAUGACCCUCGUUCCGAAACUAGUUCGCUGCAGAGAGCAAAAGAGCACGAUCUAAAAGAAGACGUUAGCCAUGAAAAACCGAGGCCGAAUCCGGAGCAUACCCUUGUCGAGUGCACUGACGGAACUAUCUCGCCACCUUCGGGAUUCGUCCAGACCAGCACAGACUUGUUCUCUAUGGAAGAGGUACCAGAGCAUACAGGUAUCAGCAUCGGAGCAUCCUGUCUCGUAGACGAUGACUCGAAGACGCAGUCCGCUACGAGGCAUUCCCCUGUCGUUCCUGCUUUCAAGCCAGGUGAAAGAUCAGACAAGGCCAGCGUGUAG